UUAAAAAACAGAGGUACAGCUGAAUCAAUAAUUGUUUUCGUAACAUUUUACUUAAUAUCGUCUUGCAUGUAUGCAUGUGUGUGCGCGCGCGCGCGCGUGCGUGCUUGUGUGUGUGUGUGCCUGUGUGUGUGCGCGCGUGUGUGUGUGGAUCAGGGUGGGGUGUUGCGCAUGCACGGUGGCUUUGGCCGUGUAAAUCUCCAUCAGUGUCUGUCUGGAGCGUCCUGCCGCUGCGCCGGAACAAGAGAGAAGAGCCCGUCACCCGAAACAUUUCAUCGCCCACCUUCAGAAUCUCAGCUGGGAUCGUCUGGAAACCUUCCUCCAUCGCGUCCGGUUCGUUUCGUGCCAACGGCGGCGGGUGUCAUUGAGCUGCGGGGCGUCGCUUCUCCAAACGCGCGUCGGGAACCAUUACGCGUGCGGAUCUCCAGCCAUCAGCGCAGAGAUGUCCGGAUACCAGGGCAAGAAGAACAUCCCUCGCAUCACCAGUGACCGGCUUCUAAUCAAAGGAGCCAAGAUAGUGAACGACGAUCAGUCUUUCCAUGCCGACAUCUACAUGGAGGAUGGAGUCAUCAAGCAAAUUGGUGAAAACCUCAUAGUUCCCGGUGGUGUGAAGAUCAUCGAUGCCCACGGCAGGAUGCUGAUACCCGGCGGCAUCGACGUUCACACCCGCUUCCAGAUGCCUGACCGGGGAAUGACGGCGGCUGAUGAUUUCUACCAGGGCACGCGAGCUGCUCUCGCUGGCGGCACCACUAUGAUCAUCGAUCACGUGGUGCCAGAGCCAGGCGUCAGUCUGAUCGCUGCCUUUAACCAGUGGAGAGAGUGGGCUGACCACAAGUCCUGCUGCGAUUACUCUCUGCACGUGGACAUCACAGAGUGGCACAAGGGCAUGCAGGAGGAGCUGGAGGCGCUGGUCAAAGAUCACGGCGUCAACUCUUUCCUGGUCUACUUGGCCUACAAGGACAUUUUUCAGCUAAAUGACUCCCAGAUGUACGAGGUGUUCAGUGUCAUCAGGGACUUGGGAGCCAUCGCUCAGGUGCAUGCAGAGAACGGAGACAUCGUCGCUGAGGAGCAGAAGAGGAUUCUGGGAUUGGGCAUCACUGGUCCAGAAGGACACGUUCUGAGCCGCCCAGAGGAGGUGGAGGCCGAGGCCGUGAACCGGGCUGUGACCGUCGCCAAUCAGACCAACUGCCCGCUCUACGUCACCAAAGUGAUGAGCCGGAGCGCCGCUGAUGUCAUCGCACAGGCCAGGAAAAAAGGUACCGUGGUGUACGGGGAGCCCAUCUCAGCCAGUCUGGGGACCGACGGCACCCACUACUGGAGCAAGAACUGGGCCAAAGCUGCAGCCUACAUCACAUCUCCACCCCUCAGCCCCGACCCCACCACCCCGGACUAUCUCAACUCCCUGCUGGCCUGCGGUGACCUGCAGGUGACUGGCAGUGCGCACUGCACCUUUAACACUUCCCAGAGGGCCGUGGGCAAGGAUAAUUUCACCCUCAUCCCGGAGGGAACUAACGGUACUGAGGAGAGGAUGUCCAUCAUCUGGGACAAGUGUGUGGUGACGGGUAAGAUGGAUGAAAAUCAGUUUGUGGCCGUGACGAGCACCAACGCCGCCAAGAUCUUUAACAUGUACCCACGGAAGGGCCGUAUUGCCGUGGGCUCUGAUGCGGACCUGGUGCUCUGGGACCCCGACGCCACCAAAAUCAUCUCUGCUAAGAGUCACCACCUGGCGGUGGAGUACAACAUCUUUGAGGGGAUUGAGGCGCGUGGAGCUCCUCUGGUGGUGAUCAGCCAGGGCAAGAUCGUCCUGGAGGACGGCAACCUCCACACCACUGAGGGUUCAGGACGCUACAUCACCCGUAAACCCUUCCCAGACUACGUCUACAAGAGGAUAAAGGCCCGCAGCAGGCUUGCUGAGCUGCGCGGAGUCCCACGGGGUCUGUACGAUGGCCCGGUGUGUGAGGUCACCGCGACGCCCAAGGUCAUGACCCCUGUGACCUCGGGUAAGACUUCUCCGGUCAAACUCACUCCUCAACCGGUUCGCAACCUGCAUCAGUCUGGAUUCAGCCUGUCUGGGGCUCAAAUUGACGAUAAUGUCCCCCGUCGUACAACUCAGCGCAUCGUGGCGCCCCCAGGCGGCAGAGCCAACAUUACCAGCCUGGGAUGAAAUCAAUUACUCAUUAUAGAGAAAAAAGGAUGGGGUGGGAGGGGGUUAAAGAAACUUGGGCUUUUCUCCCGGGAUCGGUCCAGCCGUCUGGACUGCGUCCCAACAAGCACACCUCUACUUCCUCCUACACUUCUGUCCAUCCAUCCACCCCCUAACCCUUUAACAUCCUUUAGCGUCCUGUUUUUGAGUGUCCUUAGUUUCUUAGUUGAAUACGUUUCAGGAUUACUUGGCACAGAACUAGGAUACGCACUAGAAAGUUUGACUUUACAGCAUACUAGCAUUCUACUAAUUCUUCAGUAUGAAUAAUGUGCAUAGUGUGAGUUUUCCGUAUGCAACGACCUACUGUACUGUGCAGUAUGAAACAGAGCAUAUUGCACUGUGUACUGUAUCCCAUAAUGCAAUGCAAUUUUCAGUUCCUUGCGUGAACGAGUGAACUGCAAAUAAUAUCAACUUUUUCUUCAUUCGUUAUUUGGUCCGAAUGUCUAAAUUCGAUUUUUUUUUUUACACGCAGUUAGAAUAAAUAUGCUAACUAUUUAUUUACGCCUUGAUAAAUGUGACGUAAACAUGCAAUGCAUGAUUGUUUUUGGCCAAGAGUUCCUGAAUCUUAUCCAGCUAACCAAGUCAUCUACAUUCAAGGGACAGGAGUCACCCAGCUAACAAAAAUAUAUUCUAAGAACGUUUUCUCUGAACUCCAGUUAAAAAAAAAAAGUAAAAGGGUUUAUUUUGGUUAUGCGUGCAUAGGAGAAAAUUUUUCCCAAAUAAUUUUAACAUUAUGGGAAUGUUACUUUUAAAAUGACCUCUAAACAUACUUAAACUGAUGAUUAAAAAUGACAAAUGUCAUUUUUAUGUUUCAUGAAGGAUGUAUAAAUAAUUUUUGGAGGAAACUAUUAAGAAUAAUUAGAGACCGGGGGCCUCAUUUAUAACAUGUUGCGAAGAAACAAUCCUAAAUUUGAUCGAUAUUUCCGGUGUGAAAUCUUGCGUGCAAAUAUAUGGUUUCAUCUUUCUGCUUUCAAACGACUCCUUAUUAAUAUCAUCAACACAAAAAAUAUCCCCAAUCAUCAUAAUUUAGAAGAGCGAGUUUCAAGGACAGCUUACAUUUUCUAAAACCCGCAAUAAUCCUACAGUAAAAAGUGCGUGCGCCUACUCAGACCCUGACGCUAAGCGCUUUUCCACGUCAAAGGCGGUCUUUAUGAAUAUGAACGCUCCCUACGAUCAAAUCUGAGCGUUCGCACGGUUUAUAAAUGAGGCCCUGGAUGACUCUGAACAAACGUAACUGGAAGAAAGGUGGUUCAUAACUUUGAGAGAACUAUGCAUUAAACGAUCUGAUGAUGCUUUGUUAGCUAGGUAGCACCAUCCGUCAUUUUCCUCCGUGCUUUUUUUUAAUUCGUUUGCAUUCAGGAAAUGAACAGCACAAAAUCCCCCGCCUGUAUCGUCACGUAUUAACCGUGCUGUCGCCAUUUUGAUUCGUGUUUUUUCCUUGUAGGAAGAGUCGAUGAGUUAUUUAUUCUUUAGGAUUCGAACCACGUUUUGUAUUUUACAUUUUGCAAAAGUGUCAACUCUUCCACAAACGCCUGAUUUGUUACAAGUUUUUAGAAUGUUGUUUUAUAAUGAACUUAAUAGUUUGAUUCUUUGUAAAGUUUUUUUUUGUGUUAUGAUUUCGGUUUCAGGUUGGCGUUUCAGCGCUCCCUGAAAUCCCUCAUGUUUGUCUUCCUCACGUUUUUUGCACUUCGAUAUUUUCUCUCAGUAUUGUUUAUCUGCAGAUUUGGAGAUGUUUAGAGCAAACAAAAAAAAAAAAAAAAAGAAAGAAAGAAAAAGAGACUAACAGUGGUGUUUUUGGCCGUGGUGCGCAGUCCUGUGGGGUUUUGGUGUGAUUUGAAUUCACUCAUUUUUCGCUGUAAAUGUCAAACUGUCCAUUCCUACUUUGUCCCACAGUUGCACGAAGGGGGGUCUCACGGGAAACAAUGCAGUACAGUUGAGAAAAUAAAGAAAAGCUCUCUGGGCAAACAGCAGAUCUGGAGGGAGCUGCUCUUUUCACCCCUUUCGUUUCGGUUUAGGAGGAAGGCGGUUACUAUAGAAACGGUCGCGAUCACUCGAAGCGGAUGCUGAUUAGUUACGACAGCCGUGCCGUUCUGGAGCGUCACCCCAGUAACCUCUUCACGCCGGGGGUUUUAUUCGUGCGUGGAUCUCGGCACGGGUUUGACCGUUCCCUGUGAUAUCACAGCCGCUCCACGGGGCAGCUACUCACCCCCUCCCCGUCCCGUCCCGUCCCAUACCAUCCCCCAACAAAACCUUUACCGUGAGGACAUUUUGAAGGUUGCAGUGACUCUGUCUGUCAAACGGAUAGUCCGGCAUGUGUAAGGUUGAUCAGUGUUAUUCUGAAUUAAACGUUAGGUCACAAUGCUUUAAUUACGUUGCAGUUCUGCUUUGUUUUUAUAAAUCGACUUGCCUGCCUAUUCACCAAGUGAUACAGUUCUUGAUUAAUGUCUGUGAGUGUUGUUAUGAAAUGAGCUGAACAUUUCUCAUGGAAGAUAUGUACACAAUUCAUCAUUCUUCAUGUCUUUGAUUGUUACAAUAAAAUGCAGUUGUGAACAAAA